CAGCAAAGAUGAGACUUCACAUCCCGGCACACAACAAGCUUUGUCGUCUUCAUUUUUACAAAAAAAUAUCAAAAUUACUUCAAAUUAAAAUACACAAUAGGAAAUUAUUUGAAAGUGCGUAUAAAAAUACUUAUGAACGACAAAGUUUGGUAGGAAACUAAUUGUAAUUGCACAAGGAACUAUCGGUCCCACCCAACAAAACAAGAUGCCCAAACGUGGUUCAUCUCUGUCUGAAGAAUCGCCACGAAAGGUGACGAGGAGAACUUCGAAAUCUCCGGCCAAGAGCGAUCCGCCGCAACUCUCAUCCACCGACGACGCCGACCUGAUGAACAUUAGCGACGAGGAAGAUGUCGAAGUUCCUUGUCAAGAGGUCCAACCGGAGAAAAAGCCUCCACUUGCUCCUCGAUUAAUAUCAUUGGACGAAUUAAGAUCAUUGAGGGAACGGUUCUUCGAAAAAUUUAUGCAAGAUGUCAUCAACAUUAGUGAUGAUUCUGAAAGUAUUGAUCCUGAAAUGUAUCGUUCUCUUGUGAGUGAAAUUGUGGAAGAGGAUCCUGCAGAACAACGAUACUUGGUUGAUCAGCAUAUGAGAGAUUUCGUUGUAGAAAAAAUGGCGACAAGACUAGAAAAGUGGGACAGAUUUCUGGAGCUUAGUAUUCAACUAGCCAGGAAUCAAAUAUGUUCCGGGUCACAACCCAUAGCUUUGAUUUCCGAUUUUAUGGAGCUCAGCAAUUUGAAACAAUGUGAAGAAAUAUUUGAGUUUGUCGAGCAGAGAUUGAGCGUAUGGAAGGAUCCAUUUUUUCUCAACUCUGGAAAAAAUGCUGUCUUGCGAAUGUGCAACGAUCUUUUACGAAGAUUAUCCAGAGCUCAAAAUACCAUUUUUUGCGGUCGUAUUCUGCUGUUUCUGGCGAACUAUUUUCCCUUUUCAGAUAGAUCUGGGCUAAAUAUAGUGUCGGAAUUUAAUUCUGACAAUAUCACAUCAUAUAAAAGUGGAGACGGAUCGGAUGACCCUGAAGACAAAAUGGAAAUGGUAGAAGACCAUGAUGAUAAAUUGUUUGAAGGAAUAGAAAUUGUGAUUCCAGGCUUAGACAAAAUUGUGUCCAUUACACAAGAAGAAAAGAAGAAAAAGGUCAAGGUUGAUUACAAUCUGUAUGUCAAAUUUUGGUCGUUACAAGACUUUUUUAGAAAUCCUACCCAAUGCUACAACAAGGUUUCGUGGAAGUCAUUUAUGCUGUACAUACAGGAUGUCUUGGCUGCAUUUACAUCCUUCAAAAUAGAUGGGAGUCAGACACAGCAAUAUCACAAGUUUAAGACACCAAAUCCACACCCAAAUGCAAAUAAGGAUAAUAAUGCAGCAUCUCAACACCGAAGCCGUUCAUCCAUCAACGUAGUUCCUAAAGUAGGCGAUGAUGAUUUGUACUUUCCAAAAUAUUUGACCAACCGAAGGUUAUUAGAACUACAAAUGGGGGAUCCAAACUUUAGACGAUACUUCAUGGUCCAGCUUCUUAUAAUUUUGCAAUAUUUGACAACCCCAGUUAAAUUUAAAAGUGAGAAUCAGACGCUUAGUGAAGAUCAGUUGGAUUUCGUCAAAAAAACGACUGCAAGAAUAUUUACUUUAUUGAGAGAUGUGAGGCCAUGUGGCAAAGAAUUUGUGACAGCUGUUCAGCAUAUAUUGAAGCGAGAAGACUUGUGGAGCAAGUGGAAAAACGAUGGUUGUCAGUCUUUUAAAAAACCAAUUACAAGUAUCCCGAUGGAAUCAGAUUCAAUUAAAGGAGACGACAAUUCGCUAUCAGAUCUUGGAGAGAAAUCAGAAGAAACCUUGAUAACAUCCUCUCCCCCUAAAAAACGGCAAUUGGGGGAUAUUUUGGAAGAAGCAGAGAAAAAUAAUCGAUUUCUCCUUGGAAACCCCGAAUUAACCAGAUUAUGGAAUAUAUGUGGGGAUAAUUUGGAAGCAUGUCGUUUAGAAUCUCGUGAUUUCUUGCCUACAAUUGAUACUUUCUUUGUGGAAGCAUUUAAAGAGCUCGACCCUGAACCUCCAUCCAACGUCGUGGCAGAUCCUUCAAAGAGAGAAGUCAAAACUAAAACAAUUCUUGGAAAUCCUAACUUUGGUUGGCGAGCUCUUCGACUUUUGGCAAGGAAUAGUCCAUAUUUCUUUCAGCUAGCACCAUCACCUCCAAUCCAACCUCUUCAAAAUUACUUGGAAUUCAUCUUAAAAAAGAUCGCAGCAGAAAUGGAACUUCCCAGAGAAGAAUUCGAGGACAAUAAACUUGAAGAUGGGUCAAAAGUGGGAACAGUUUCUGCAGAUAAUGCAAACGAUGGUCCAGAUGUAGACCAGGUUGUGGAAGGUGACGCUGAUGACAAUGACGAGCUCUUAAAAUCAGACACAAAUCCGGAGCGUAUUGAAGAGGAAGAAGAAGGGGAGGUUGAUGAGAAAGUUCGUAAUUUGACCGAACACGAACAGACAUUUGUUGGCAGACUGAUCGGAGACGCAUGGAAAAAAUUGGCAUUGAAAUUUCAGUUUACAAAUGACGAGAUCGAGUUUUUCGAAUCUGAAAAGGGGAAGGAUGCUGGUUCAUGGAUGCUAAAAAUGUGGACUGAGCAAGAAAAAGAAGACGCAACUGCGGCGGAUCUUUUAUAUCAAUUAGAGGGACUUAAACUUCGGGAAUUAGUAAGGGAAGUCUUUCCCUGAGUAGAAUUAGUUUAUUUGACCUUGACUUAACCUAAUUAUUUUUGUUAUUUUUUAAACAAACAAGAAAAAAUUUGCCGUAGGUUUGAUAAAAGAUAUACAUAUGCAUACACAUUAAAUGUAACACGGACAUUUGUAUUUUAGUUUCAUUUAGUUAAUUUCAUAACUUAUAUAUUAACAACAUGAUAUAAUAUAAUAGAAUUAAAAACAAUAUUGAAUUAAAAAUAAAUUAAAAAUAGACAACUUAAAA